AUGGAUCCUUCCACUGGGUUUGCACCGUUCCAAGAACGGGUGCAAACGUCCCUCAUGGAUGUUACCCGUACGGUCGGAGCGCUGGCCGUGAACGAUCUCAACUUCCACCGAACUUCAAGCGCAAAUGUCUCUGAGGGGCUAGACGAGGAAAGCGGCCGAUUGUUGUCGCUGACAUCGUCGCUUCUAAAGGCAGCUACUGCUGGCACCGAUAUUUCCGCGCCGGUACUCUCGGACGAGGAUUCGAUUGAGGACAAUUGGAGGGGCAUUGUGGAUGUGAUAGAUGCGCUUUUAGAAAAAGCGGACGCGUGUUUGGAUGAAUUCACAGGCGUUAUCAAGAAAUUGAGUCCGUCGCAGGAUAAGGAUGCAGAGGCGAGGGGUGCUGCGGCUUCGAAUAUGAGGAGGGCGCAGAAUUUCCCGACAAUCUACGACUAUGGCCCGUCAAAAAUCCCUAAGCCUCAGCUCCAAUUUGAACAUCAAGUCGAUCCUACGGAUACGUCGCCUUUCAGACCUCUGCUGAAGACGAAACCGCAUGCUAUAGAGCCGUUGGAGCAGUCGCUGACACCUUCAAUUGACGCGCCUCACGGUUCUCGUAAUCCGUACGAGACGGAGAUCCGUGCUGCAAAGUACCCAAGCUCCGUCUAUACCGUAUCGCCCCCGAUUGACUAUCUGCCCUUUGAGACGACAGCUGCGACUUUCGUGGAUACUUUGGACGGUGUGAAAGAGAUGCUGGCGGAACUGAAAUCUGCGCGCGAGAUCGCGAUUGAUUUGGAACAUCAUGAUGUACAUUCUUAUCACGGUCUUGUAUCGCUGAUGCAGAUCAGUACCCGCGAGAAGGACUGGGUGGUGGAUACGCUCAAGCCAUGGAGGGAGGAGCUGCAAAUGCUGAACGAGGUGUUUGCAGACCCUAACAUACUGAAACUCUUCCACGGAUCGAGCAUGGAUAUUAUCUGGCUGCAACGCGACCUUGGGCUCUAUGUUGUUGGGAUGUUCGACACGUAUCAUGCAGCCUGUGCUCUCAACUACCCGAAGAAGAGCUUGAAGUAUCUGCUGCAUAAAUUUGUCAACUUUGAAGCCGAUAAACAGUACCAGAUGGCCGACUGGCGAAUUCGACCGCUUCCAUCUGGUAUGUUUAACUAUGCUCGCUCCGACACCCAUUAUCUCCUCUACAUCUACGACAAUCUUCGCAACGAGCUGUUGACGAAUUCUACGCCCGAGGACAACCUUGUGGAUUAUGUCCUGGAAAAGUCUAAGACCGAAGCGUUGCAGCGCUAUGAGCGCCCCGUUUACGAUGCAGCUACAGGGCAAGGCGCGGGUGGCUGGUACGAUCUGAUGACGCGCAGUCCUGCCAUCCUCAGCAGCGAGCAGUUCGCUGUCCUCAAGGCUGUGCACGAAUGGCGCGACAGGGUAGCUCGAGAGGAGGACGAAGGUGUACAAUGCGUUUUUCCCAAGCACAUACUUUUCCGAGUCGCCCAAGCGAUGCCUCAAGAUCUAGGUACAUUGUUCCGUACGAUGUCCCCUAUGACACCGAUUGCAAAAGAUCGCGCGCCGGACCUUCUGCAAGUCAUCAAAACAGCAAAGGCUGAAGGUGCCACCGGACCUGAGUGGCGCGACGUGUAUGUCAAACCCACCAGAGGUCUUCCACAAGUAGAAGCUCCUCCAUCGCCUCCCACCGCACAAGAUGGGUCUUUCCCUACCGCUUCUCGCUACGAGACCUCCCAGUUUUGGGGCGCUGUGCUGGAUACUCAGACACCCCCUCUUUCUCCGGAGUACUCUCUUGCAGCAUCGGCAGAGGCCCUUCGCCUCUCUCUUCCUAUACCGCCUAUGCCGAGAACAGUCGCUGAAGUCCAAGUUGCGCAACCACCCAAACCUACAUCUCCCACCCCAGCGCCCAAAAAGGAGGAAGAAGACAAAAACAAGAUCUUCACUGUCAAAGAGCUCGGCGGGCCGCGCAAACGCAAGGCUGCACCACAACCUCCUGCGGAAGUCGAAACUUCCUCACAAUCGGAAGAGCCCCAAGCUGAGCUUGACCUUGACGAGAUCCCCAUCGAAAUCGGUUCACCUCCGUCCAAGAAACAACGUCGGAAGGAGAAGCGCGAAAAGAAAAAAGCGAAGCAAAAUCAGUCCCAAAAUGCAGAAGACUCAACACCGUUCAACUACGACACAGCGGAUUCUAUUCUCAACGCCAAUCCUCAGCCUACGUCUGGUCUUCCAUCCAAACGCCCAUUCGAUCCAUACAAGAAGGCGCUCGAGGCUCCUCGGACUGGUGUUAAAAAGGAGAAGAAAGAAUUGCCUGGACGGAGCUUUACUUUCAGCUCGGCUGGUUUUGCUGGAUAUACAAAGUGGCCACUUAAAGCCAGCAUUUCCUUGAUUCCAUUCAUUUGGCUUUCUGAUACCGGGCCAGAACCGCCAAUUCGAGUCAUUCUUACUGGCUUGAAGGCGGACAAUCGGGACAGUAUGGCCUCCGAACCCUCGUACAUAGACUACGAGGCCUUCCUAGACCCGGCCUUCUCACCGGCCGCAUUUGCCAAUUCGCUGGUAGUGGCCACCAACAAUGCCACAGACACACCACUGGAUCUGUCAACCCCGCUUUCCCGGGUAUUGUUCGAUCUCCAAGAAAUUGACACGCAUAUCCACACGCUGACCACCAAAUCAGCUCUCCCCCUGCUGACGCACACGGGGGACCAAACCGCAGCUGCGGGCAAGAUUCUUAAAGAAACAGACGAGCAAAUUGUCGCUGUCUCACAGGGGUAUGAGCGGCUGGAGCGCGAGGUCCUCCGUAGGUGGGAGGCUGCCGAGGAGGCGAGGGUCGCUGCGGAGAAUUCCCUGGCCACCGUGCGUCUCGCACGAGCCGUUGCAAGGUGCAUCGCGCUAGGUCGCCAGCUGGACAGCCAGAUGGUCGAGGUUACUGGGCGUGGUGGGUUAUCUGGGCCCAGCUCUGGGAUUGGAUCUGGGCCUGGAGGAGAGAUAGCUUCUUCUGGAACUGGGCCUGCACCAGGCCGAGACGACGCGCGUGCGCUCGAGCGCGCUGCAUCAACAAUCGUGACUCUGCGCCGGCUGCUCUCCGAUACGGGUGCGGGCGAGGAAGGUUACGGUCUGGAUCGGGUCAAGGUCAUCCGGACCCUAAAGUCUGAUCUUCUAAUGCCGGCCGAGAACCUUGUCAGGGCCAGAGCACAACAAGCCAUCAACCGGUUCUCCAUCUCCUCAACAAGUACAAGCAAUGGGGUAUCCUCCCAAUCAGGCUAUAAGCUAGCCCGCGACGCACGAGCCCGUCUCGUAUCUGGCGUCAAUACGCUCUAUCUCCUCUCCCCCCUACCGCCGAAAUCAUCGAGCCCCAAAGACUUCACCCCGGACCUCCUCCUCUCCACGCUGCAGGGCUACAUCCAAACGACCAUGGUCGCCUCUCUCAAUAACCUCUCUCGCGCCUUAACCAUGCUCCCGACCCUCGACAAAACCCUCUCGGAUAUCUCCGCCCGCUGCCAGGACAUCCACAGUCUCGAAGCAAUCCUGAGCACCAUCAAGCCCCCAUCCCAUCCUUCCCUCCCACAAGUCUCAAAAUCCCAAGAUUCUACUGAGUCUGUUACUGCAUCGAGAAAUAACCUCCUAAUUCCCCUCCUCAACACCCUCGACACUUCCUCCCUCCCCUCCUACUUCUGGCGCUCACUCGCCUCCUCCCUUUCCCCUCGCGUGCAGGAAAUCGCAUCUCGCGGCGGCGUCUCGGCACGCACGCUCCGCUCAAACCGCGAUAGACUGAAAAAAGAAAUCCGGGAGUGCGUCCUUCGGGGAUCGCAGUUGCCAGCUUCCUUAGGUUUGGAGAAGCAUAGCCAGGCUCACGCUCAAGGAAAUUGGGAGCGCGAGGCCGCUGUCAUGGUUGGUUCUGUUGUGGGGGUACUGUAGCAGGUAGUUGUGCUUGAGUGUCUUGAUAAAGCGACUUAGUUUUUAUCAGUCUACA